UACGCUGAUGAUACUGGUUCGCCACUGCUCGGUCGGCAGACUUAGAGGACCAGUUUGGACUUAGCGAGGGAACUGGAGUCUAUCUGUCAGGUUUUUGAAGUUGUUGCGAAAAUAAGCUCUACUUUCGAAUUAGCUGCAGCUAGCGGUGUGAGGUGGUGGCAAGGCUGAUUACUGACAUGAUCAGCGAGCGCCUACAGUUGAGGAGAUUGUUUUUCUCUGUGUAGGGCCGCAUUUUUAUUGGAGAUGGUGGGCUACAAUUUGAAAGCAGUAGUUCUGACAGUCUCUAAGCUUUGUUGCCAUGGCUUAGAAUCUUUGACAAUCGACUUGUUGACUGUUAUUUUGGUUCUUUGGUCAUGGGUUUCUGUUAAUCAUUCCUGCUUAAUGCAGGUUUCUUAGAACUUUAUGCACUACUUUCAAUCUCUAGCUCUACCCUUUCACGAGAGCAGCUUUAGAAGAGCCAGUUAUAAUGAAGGAUCGUUUUAGAGCUGGCACAUCAAUCGCCAUUUGCGAGCUAGUGUAUCAACUGGAAUGUAUUCAUUUCAUGGAUACCUGUCCAUACUCUUGAGAUUGACAACAGAUUUGGCCGAAGCAUACAGCAGGUCAGUGGAGAGUAGAACAGGCUGAUUUGUGAGCAGCUACAGUUGCGGCGUAGUUGAAGCAGCGAUGGAGUGGUUCUUGCUUGCUGCAGUAGCUGCAACGGCGUGGUGGGCGCAUUGCACCCAGGCGCACCUGCUUAUGGAUGAGGAUCUCACAAUGACUCAGCUGCCUGCAUCUGCCGACCUCUUCUUGUCCAAGGUGCUGGAGACUAUCGACCCUCAUUACGUGGAAAGAAAGAAGAACUCCACUCGGCGUAUUCUCGCUUCUGCCAAUGGGAAUCCGGUGGACGAUUGCUGGCGUUCCGAUUCCAACUGGCACAACGACCGCCAAGCGCUAGCGGAUUGCGCUAUUGGAUUCGGUAAAAAUGCUGCCGGUGGGAAAGAAGGCCGAGUAUACGUCGUUACAGACGACAGCGACGACAAUGUCGUGAACCCCAAGGAGGGCACUCUCCGCUACGGUGUGCUGCAAGAAGAGCCCCUGUGGAUCGUUUUUGACAGGAACAUGAAGAUCAAGCUCAAGAACGAGCUCAUCUUGACCUCGUACAAAACUAUCGAUGGCCGCGGGGCGAACGUCCACCUCUCGGAUGGAGCUGGGCUGAAAAUCCAGUUUGUGCAAAAUAUCAUAGUGCACGGGAUUCAUUUCCACAACAUCGUCCCCACAGGUCCUGCUGUGAUUCGGAGCAGCCCGACUCAUGUGGGGCACCGAGAUAAAACAGAUGGCACCGCCAUUGCCAUCUUCACUAGUCAUGAUGUUUGGGUGGAUCAUUGUUUCUUCUCCAAGGCUGACGAUGGGCUCGUGGACGCUAUCCGUGGGAGUACCAGGAUCACUGUGUCGAAUUGCUAUUUCAGCAAUCACGACAAGGCUAUGUUGUUUGGAGCACACAAGCAAGACACUGAAGAUAGAGACAUGACUGUUACCGUCGCAUUCAACCACUUCGGACCAAACCUUAUGCAGCGCCUCCCCAGGAUGCGUUUUGGGUAUUGUCAUGUAGUCAAUAACGACUACCCAUCAGGUUGGGGAAUGUACGCCAUUGGAGGGAGUGAAGACCCUACAUUUCUCAGUGAGGGGAAUCGAUUCGUGGCAUCAAAAAAUAAGGAGGUGACAAAGCGCGUGGAUGAUGGGGGCAAUGACUACGGUGGCGAGGAAAACUGGAACUGGGCCUCGAGUGGUGACUUGCUCUUCAACGGUGCCACAUUCGAAAGCUCUGGAGCCAACGGCGGAGCAUCAGUGUACAACAAAGCCAUGAGUUUGUCAGCUCGUCCGGCAUCCUUGGUGGAGAUCAUCACUAGCGAUUCGGGACCUCUCAUGUGCACAGCAGGGGAUGGGUACUGUGCGGGGAACUACCCUCUGCAGUCAACCAGCAUGACCUUCAAGAGGCAGUCACCAUCGCCGCUCUUCGUUCUCCUCUAUAUGUCUGUAAUGCUGCUAUUUCCUCUCAUUCUCUGUUAGAAUUGCGAUUCUCCCGAGUAACACACAACUGUUUUCCAGAUUUUCACAUGCGCCGUGAUGUUUGUUAUGACUCCAACCUGCCCUGCUGAUUCGGAGAUAAUGAAGCUGUGAACAUGGGGUAAAUAAGUUGUGCAUUCGUAGCUUAGAUGCACUAUGGUUUGUGGAGCUUGUGGAAAUUCUCGCUUUCGGAAAGGGAGGCAGUGUUCGGCACCACUGGUAGCGAUGAAUCAUGGGUUCAAUGGGGUGAUGUGCAUAGAGGUCUUCCAUUUUGAGAUAAAACUGCAACAGAGUUUUUCUAUCUAUCCAUCAAUUUAUUCAGUUUUAUAUAUAUAUAUAUAUAUAUA